AUGUACUUGGAUUCCCCACAAUUGGAAUGGCCAGCAACACCCACGGCAUUGUCCUCCCCCCUUGAUCCUCACCUCAGUCCCCAAACUCAGACUCCGACUCCGCGAUCAACCACCGCAUCACAGAUACUCGCAGCGUUCUCGCCAAGACCCCAACCGAAGCAAUCACCUUCAUCAGACCGCGUCUCCCCUCAAGAGUUUCCGAUAGCCAUGGAGGGAAAACGUAGCUCCCGCAGAAAGGAGCAGAUUUCAUACGAGAUAUCAGAUGACUCGGACAACGUUGACGCCUCUUCCUCGCUCGACUCUACAUUCUCUACGCCUCAGAAGGCUCCUCGGACGCGGGUGAGCAUUAUCGAUCUUGAAGAUGAGCUCGAGGAAAUUGAAUCACCUAAAACUCCACCCCCUCGUCUCUCAUCUGCCGGGCAUGCGUUACGUCAACCCAACGAACUCGCUCUGUCCUUACGGGCACAGGAGAAUGGCGAUAAGCGUAUCGCCAAGAAGAGAAAGAUCACAAAGAGGCAUGCAAAACCGAAGACUAUAUUACAGCCCUCGGCUCCUAAAACAGCUCGUCAGGAACUCCGACACCAUGUUAACACGGCGACAGCCGGAAAGAGAUCAAACUUCUUUGUGGCAAAAAAGGACCUCUUCCUACCCUUACUCCCGGAAGGCAACCAUGUUCAGCGCCUUAUGGCUCAACGUCAACAAAGCGGGAAGAGGGAAGAAGAUCUGAGUGUGCCUUAUGAGAUCAUUGAGCAUCAGCCUGCAGGAAUCAAAGCGGACAUGAAGCCCUAUCAGCUACUGGGCUUGUCUUUCCUGAUUUAUCUUCACAGGAAUGGUCUAUCUGGCAUUCUCGGUGAUGAAAUGGGUCUCGGAAAGACCUUACAGACGCUGUCUUUGAUCCAGUACCUGAAAGAGAGUCGAAAGCUUUCAACCUCGAGUGUUGAGCUUCGACCUUGUCUCGUGGUAUGCCCCUUGAGCGUCCUUAGCUCGUGGAUGGCUGAAUCUCGACGAUGGACUCCUGAUUUGAAAGUUUUGAGAUUCCAUGGGUCUGUACAUGAGCGCGACCGACUGAAGAGGAUAGCGAUGGGCGAUAUUGAUACCUUCGGCAAUGAGACCAGAGGAGCACGCAAAAAGAAGAAUGAUCGCCGCACUGCUACUGGCAAGCCUAUCAUUGAUCUAGAUUCCGAUGCGGACGAUGCUCAGGGAGUUGAUCUCAUCGUUACAACAUACGAAGGGUACCUGGCCGAGCAAGGCUGGUUCAAAAAGGCAUUCCUCUGGAGCUACGUCGUCCUUGAUGAAGGACACAAAAUUAAGAAUGAUCUCAGCUUGGUUUCCAAAGCGCUUCAAGGAUUAGGCGCAGAGUACCGUUUGAUCCUGACAGGCACACCAUUGCAGAACAAUUUAGUAGAAUUGUGGGCCUUGCUCCAUUGGCUCUAUCCUGAGGUCUUCACGGAGAAGACCGCCGAGCUUUUCAGGUCCUCGUUCAACCUUAAUAAGGGACAAGUCAGCACCAAAGUCAUGGACGAUGCUCGGCGCUUGCUUGAGAUCAUAAUGCUCAGAAGGAUGAAGAACAGCCCUGGAGUGGAUCUCAAUCUUCCACCAAAAACCGAAGUACUACUAUACGUUCCUCUAACUCCUAUGCAGAGAUUUUGGUAUAUGAGACUAUUGACUCGCGCCGACAAAGGACUUUUGGAGGAGUUGUUUCAAGGUGCCCAACAAAAGGAGGCCGUUGCUCUCAAACAGGAGUCGGAAGAGGGAGGCAUCUUGCAAGAAAAGGGUAUAGAAGAGCUAGAAGCAUUGGAAAACAAAGCAUACGGAGGGGAAGAAGCCGCGACUGAGUGGCAAGAGACUAAAGAAAUUAUGCGCCAAGCCCUGGAGCACGAACAGCAGGACGAAAACAGGAGUACGGCCUGGAAGAAGCUGAUGAACCUUUUAAUGCAAUUGAGAAAGUGCUGCAAUCACCCAUACACUCUUCCUCAUGCAGAGCCAGACCCGUAUUACCUCGGCGAACACGUGAUCCAUGCAUCAGCCAAAUUUAUCGUACUCGACAAGAUUAUCGAUGAGUUGGUCGUGAAACAAAAGAAAAAAGUCCUCAUCUUCUCUGGCUUUACUCGUAUGCUGGACUGCUGCGAAGACUUCUUGCACCUACGCGGUGCUGGGGAGCAAUUCAAAUACGUCAGACUCGACGGAGGUACUUCGCGCGCCCGACGGAACCUUGGUAUACGCAUGUUCAAUCAGGAAGAAUCCGAGUAUCGGGUUAUGCUAAUCUCGACUCGCGCUGGCGGCCUGGGUAUCAACCUAGCGACAGCAUCCGAUGUCGUUAUGCUCGAUCAGGACUGGAACCCACAGAUCAUGCUGCAGGCUGAAGCUCGUGCUCAUCGCAUAGGACAGAAGAAGCCUGUGACCGUAUAUAAGCUCUGUACACAAGGCACGGUUGAACAGCAGAUGAUGGGCAGAAUUCAGAAAAAGCUUUACCUCUCUGCGAAGGUGACAGAGUCAAUGCGAGAUAUUCAUUUACAGUCGGCAACGAAGAAGAAGAAAGGCCCAGGAGGUAGAGUUGUGGAAGCAGCAGAAGAUGAUAUGCCGCAGCUUGAUACAACCCAGUUGAUGUCCUUGGUCCGACGAGGAGCCCAGGCACUCGCACGUCCAGAACUUGACGUGAACGAGAUGCUGAGUUGGGACUUCUCAACAAUGCUCGAGAAGUGCAAAGAUCAACCCGCCGACAUCCACGUCUCGGGGCAGAUACAAGUCGGUGUCUCUGUGAAGGAAGAAGACGAGAAGAGAUGGUUGGCUCAGAUAGAACAAGUCGAGGCGCGUGUCUUCGAGGGCAAAAAGCAUAUCAAGGUUAGAGAAUCCAAUGGCUACGAUGGAAUUGCUCAAGAAUGGUCCAGAGAGGAAAGACGAAUUGGCAAAAACACUACUGUCAUCAUAGAUGGCCAUGUAGUAAGCAAGCAAAGCGCCAAUUGUGCCGACUGGGAGGCUGUGCCAACAAUGGCGGGCAAAGAUCCUCGGCUAGCGGAGCCUAGGCGGGAGAAAAAGCCCGAAGUAGUUAAUCAGGAGCAAUGCCAGGUCUGCUGGGAUGGCGGAAACCUAGUCCUCUGUUCAGGAUGUCCCCGCUCCUAUCACUAUACAUGCCUUGACAGAGACUUCAAAUCGAAGUCCAAGGGCAAAAUGCACUUUCACUGUCCGCAACACCAGUGUGCGGACUGCCAACAAAACACUACUGAUGCUGGCGGCAUGCUCUAUCGAUGCCGCUGGUGUGAGAGAGGAUUCUGUGAGGACUGUCUCGACUGGGACAAAACGGAACUUCUCGGCGAAAAUCUUAAAGAGUACGAACUACUUGGCUUUCCGGCAGUCGCGCAAGCAUUUUACAUAAAAUGUCCGAGCUGUUUCGACCACCAUGUUGAGACUCCUGAGGCAGCCGAUUAUUGUGUUUAUCAGGCCGCAGAGAUCGAUGCUCGUUAUGAGGUCUUAGUGGAAGCGCAGGCUUUGGUUGCAGCUGCCACACAGGUCGGGAAGAAGCCCGUGCCUCAAACGCCGGCUGAGAGUCUGACCGAUGGGACGACCUUGGACAACAGUUCUGGCAUUAGCACCCCUCGCUUUGGAGACUUUGCAAAUACUACGAGCAGCCGGAAACGCAAAGAUGGCCCACAAUCUGUCAAACAAACGCCUACACCCUCAAAGCGUUCGAAGGGUAUCUCAAUUUAG